AUGAGCAACAAGGCCUCCCCAGCCACCACCCCCACGGACGUGGACCCCCCCGAGGACCCCCCCAGCCCCAUGGCCAGCUCCUUCUCCUCCUCCUCCUCCUCCCCGCUGCCCUGCUGGGCCACCCAGGCCCUGUGCGACCUGGCCAAGAGCGAGACGGACAUGCGGCGGCUGCGGGAGCGCCAGUCCAUCGAGACGGAGUCCGUCAGCCGCGGCCUGGAGCGGGCGGUGAUGGGGGUGCACCGGGAGGAGCGCCGGCUCCUGGAGCGCGUCGAGCAGGACCAGCGGGACGCCCAGCAGCGUCUGGAGCAACUCCGCCGGGAGAACGCCGCCGCCGUACGAGUCGCCCAGGCCCUGCUGGACCAGCGGCUCAAGAAGGUCGGCCAGCUGCGGCUGCAGGUCCAGCAGACCGGCUCGGAGGCCAUGCGGUCGUCAGAGAGCUACGAGCUGAACCAGAGGCGGGACGACCUGUUGAAGAACGUGGCCGAGCUCCUCCAGCCGUGGGAGAUCUCGCUGUCCCUGAAGCGCGUGUGCUUCAAGCCCAGCUCCCAAGCCAAGCCCAUCAGCUUCGGAGAGAUCAAAAUCCAGGACCACAACUUGAGUUUCCCGGUGGGCGGCUGUGGCGCUAAGGGGCAGCUGUGUGCCCUCCAUUCCUCUGGAGGGCAGUAUGGAGAGCAGGGAGUCUGCACUCAUGAUGGCAGGAGCACACCAGAGGGAGCUGGGGGGUCCGGACAGGGGGGGCAAGGCCAGGGGCAAGGCACAUCCUCGGGUAAUGGUAAUUUAAGGGUCGUUAGAAAAUUGCGGCUGUCGCGAAGUGACGAGGAGUCGGGAGAGGAUUUCAAGCUCACAUCCUCCAGAUCGCAGCGAUGGCCGCCGAAGAGGGACUCCAGCGAGCGCGACUCUUCUCAGGACGAGGAGCAAGAGUGUCCUACAUCAGACCUGUUGUUUUUAGCGGUCCCAAAUCUGGUGGGCAAUGGCGAUUCAGAGGGAGAGGACAGCGGCAGCAUCAGGGCUGGGAAGACUCACCGGCACGGCCUCAGAGACAAGAGAGGUCACCUGCCCCAUCGUGACGCCUCGCCCUUUCUGGAGCCGGGCAGCGUUGAGCAGGAGGGCUGGUACUUUCGCAGUUUCGAAUCUGGCGACUCAAAGAGAGACAGAGGCAAGGUCGGCCGUCAGAGCUCCUCCCCGAGAGCCCUCUCUCGGUUUGGCUACGGGACGGUGCCGUCCCCUCGCGGCAGCUCCAGGGACUCGCUGUCCAGCCACAGCUGUAUGGAUCUCUCCUCCCGAGAUCGACCCCGCUCCCGCCUGAGCGUCUGCUCCGACGACCACCCCCACCAUGGGAGCUACGGAGAGGCCGCCUCGGGCGGCCGGCCCUCCUCCCCCACAGACAGCGUGGACUCUGGCUACACUUUCAUCAUCAGCUCCCCCCGCGACUACGCCGCCGGCUCCAGCCGACGCGAUUCGCGGCUCUCAAAGUCCACCGUUGAUCUGUCGCAACGAAAUCGCCCGCUCAUCAACGGAUCCCAGCAAGGGGACACCGCGGGCCUCUGGAAGGUCCAUCGCAGCCGCUACUCCUCGACGUCUACCUCGCCUCCUCUGGGCAGGGGGAUGAGACGGACUGUCGGUCGUGCGUUUUCUUGCACGGCCACCAAGGAGCCGGGUUUGCACUCCCAACACCACAAGGGGCAGAGAGUGAGGAGCAGUGUGUCCCGAUCUCUUUCCCUGUCGGUAAUUGAUGGGUCUUCUCAGGAUGGAUUUCAGGCUAGCACAGGAGGGAGCUCCCAGUCUAAGGACAGGGGCUGGGAGGGGAUGAAUGAGCCUGCUCUGGUUGAGGAGCUGGAGGAGGAAGGGGAACCGGUUAUGCACGGCGAGGGGCGUCUUCUUCGGCAGUUUGGGAAACAGGGCUCUGGCCGCGCUGACCUUACUCUGCCAAGUGGGGUUCACUGCACCCUGCAAGGCCAGCUGUUCCUGGUCGACUGCGGAAAUGCUCGCGUGCAGGUGGUCGACUCUGUGGGGAAUGUCAUGCAGCAGGUCAAAUCACCGGGCGCCCACUCGGCCUCACGCCGCUGCCGCAACUACUUCGAUGUGGCGGUCAACUCCAAGGGCCUGAUCGCGCUCAGCUGUGCCGCGGAGCGAGCCCUCUUGGUCUUCAGCCGCCACGGCCGCCUUCUCCAGACCUACGGGGGCUACGCCGGACCCGGAGCGCCGGCAGCCUCCGCCGACGGCCUAGAGGCCCCCCGGGGCGUCACGGUGACCAGGCAGGACGAGUUCCUGGUGGCCGACAUCCGCAAGGGCACCCUCACCGCCAUGAAGCUGGAGCCCAAGACCGGCCUGCGGCUGGAGCGCACCGUGGUGACCGGCUUCCACAGACCUUACCUGGUGGCCGCGUCCCCGUACACAGAACUGACGGCCGUGUCGGAGAGGGGCAGCGAGACCGGCCGAGAACCCUGCGUGAAGGUGCUGGACUCGUCGUGGAACACGAUCCGAGUGCUCGGCGUGUGCUCUGGCAUGGGGCCCGUCCUGGCCUGCCCGUGGGGCAUCUGCAUCGACGGCGACGGGGCGGUGCUGGUGGCGGACUGGGCAGGGCAGCACCGCGUGGUCCUCUACCCGGCACAGGGGGUCGGCAGGACGGUGGUGAGCCGGGGACUGAGCAGCCCACGCGGGUUGGCCCUGCUGCCAGACGGCUCCCUGGUGGUGUCAGACAGCAUGCAUCACUGCGUGAAGAUCUACCAGUAUAAGUGACGCGCUUCUACAUACACAAAAAUGCAUCCAACUGAAGGGAGUGUGAAAGACACUAUGG